AUGGCUGCUAACAAGCAAAUUUUCAUUAUCCUCGCCAUCGUUGCGAUUAUGUUUCCUUUGAUUGCGUUGGCUACUGAUCACGUAGUCGGUGAUGAUAAAGGCUGGAACAACAAAUUCGAUUAUGCAGCAUGGGCUAAAGAUAAACAAUUCUAUGUUGGAGAUACCUUAUCAUUUAUGUACACACCUGGAUCUCACAAUGUUUUCAAAGUGAACGGAACUGAAUUCGACCAGUGUAUUAAACCAGAACCAAAAUUAGCUAUCGCCACCGGAAAUGAUGUAACUACCCUUGCCACCCCAGGAAAAAAAUGUAUUUAUCUUUUAUUAACUUUACCAUGUUCAACAACGCACCCGUUGUCUUCGGUACUACCGACAGUAUCGUCGUUUACUGGUUAA